AUGACCUCUGUAGCGAAUGUCCCAGCUUAUAUGUUGCCAGGAGUACCCGCAGUGCAGCAGCCCCGCUCGGGUCUUGACUCUGGAGAUCCAGCCUUGGCGACAGAAAUCCUCCCUGGGCCACCUUCGCUCGCUUCUGUGCAGCAGGCAGCUACAAAGCGAGAUCCUAGAAAACCUAUGCCUGUCGUCUCCUACUUGCCUCAGUACGACCCAGGUACUACCUACGGAGGGGUCACGACUGGCCCCACAGUCGGCAGCUUGGAGCAGAACCCGGCGGUGGAGGGCCCCAGGCGGAAACGAGCUAGGAUUGACAAAGGCAGGCUUUCGUCCCAUCGGGGGCAGCGGGUCUCAGCACGCGGGCUCAACGCACUCAAUCCUUCAGAGGACAGCAUCGUCGUCAACGAGGGGGUGGCAUCGGCUAUGUUAGAUAUUCCAGAUUCCGAUCCCUUCCUCGCAGCGGCGGACUCGGACGGUCCCAUGCUCUCCCGCUCCAACUCCAUUUCGCAUUUGGAGGAUCCUGUCGCGAUGUCUGGAACUUCCCGAGCAUCGAAGAAAGACAAGGGGAAAGGGAAGGAGAAGGUUGUAGUCAGGGUCAAGGAGGAGCCAUCGACUGUCACGUUGCAGAUGACUGACUCCAACCCCACCUCAUUCGUGCGAAAUGAAGAUCACUGUUCGGCGUGCCGUUCGCUGGGUUCACUAGUAUACUGUGAUGGGUGCCCACGAGCAUAUCACUUUUGGUGCCUUGACCCCCCAAUGGAGCACUCAGACCUUCCCGAAGGUGACGACAGAUGGUAUUGUCCCAGCUGUAAACUUCGCCAAAAUCCUCCGCCCAAGCCUCCCCCUUCUUUCAUGUCACCCCUUAUCGUACACCUUCAAAACACCCUUCCCGUGGAGUUCCAACUCCCCGAUGAAAUAAGGACAUUUUUUAAAAGUGUCGGUACCAGUGCACGCGGUGCCUAUGUGGACACGUCCACCGUCAAACCGCCUCGUUUGAAUCGGCAUGGACAGCUUGAGGAGCGUGAUCCUUAUCGGACCAAGGAUAGAAACGGAGACCCAGUUUUAUGCUAUCGAUGUGCCACAUCUGCGAUUCCAGAUGGGAUGGCAGUCACUGCGCCUGCAGCUAAACGUCUUCGGUCAGCUCAAGGGUACGUAUCCAGCAACGAGAGCUGGAAGAGCAUCGUGUCUUGUGACUACUGCCCCAAUCACUGGCACCUUGAUUGCCUCGACCCUCCUCUGAUGAACAUGCCUCCGUUCGACAAAAAAUGGAUGUGUCCCCUCCACGCUGAAAAUACCUUGCUCCCAAAACACAGGAUACCCAAGCAGAACGCCCCACCAAUAGACAUCAACAAGCCCGGUCAGGUCAACAACGGCAAUAUUGAAAUCGUCGAGCCCGAAGUUUCUCCUGUUGAUGAAACUAGAGUCUCUGUUGAUGAAGUAUUCAUCAACGGUCGACGGUAUCGAGUCCCAGAACGAAUCAUCAAGCUAGAUUUCUGGAAUAAACUGAACAAAGUACGAAAUCCGCCUGACCAACACUUUGGUGCCACGAGCGGCAUGUCUUCACCUCUUACCUCCCUCAGCUCCCUUGAAGAGGUAGAGGAUCCGGGUCAAGUAUUUCCUCCGCCGCAGCUGCUGUUUCAGUCGUUUCAAGCUGAGGAUCUACGGACGGCGUUGAUGUUGCUCGAUAUGAAGUCAUCCGAAAUUUCUUCGUCGACGGCCACUCCAGAGCCCGUGAAACUCGUCACGAAUGGCAUGCGACGACUCUUAGUCGAUGGUGGCGUCCAAACAGAUAUAGAUCCCCGAGCACAGCUGGUUCCGUCAAAGCCUCCUGCUCCACCGAGGCUUUCUGUCAGUCUGAAGCCCCCCGUACAGCCAAAUCCCUUCACCCAAGUGCAAUCGUUAGCUCAGUCAAACGCAUCUAACCAGCCAGGUCCUUCUACCCUGGUUGAACAGAAUGAUCAACAUUCCCGUGUCAGUUCUGCAGGCCGCCACUUUCGGGGGAGGAGCGCAUCAAAGCGAGUGCAACAGACAGAACGCAGACCCAUCAAAAGAGAGCCUAGUCCCAUAGACCUGGAUUCCCUCUUGUUCAAGAAGCCAUUCGAUGUUCAAACGGAACCGAAAGCAACAGAGCCAGAACGCAGACAGCCAUCUAGAGCAUCCAAGCGGGACGUCAAAUACCUUGACUUGGAGGAUUCUGCCGACGAAGGCUUGUCAGUCUUCUCUCAUUCAGCUCCGACCCUUAUGGACGUCGAUCCAGCCUCCACCCAGUCGCUCGCGCCAGUCAAGGCGAAGAGGCCUCCUGGGAGACCACGGAAGUCGGCUCCGACUAAUGCUACACCUUCCAGAUCCUCUCGUAUACGUGCCAAGGACGCGAUUGUGGUCGCGGCUCCGCCCUCCUCGCAAUCUCAAGCCUCCCCUCAGCUGACUAACGGCGAAACUUCGGCCCGCCCUCUUGCCUUAUUCGCCGCCAAACAUCAGCCCGUCGCCGUGCACACAGCACCCAGCACCAUCACUGUACCUUCUACACCCGCUCUCCCUGCGACGGCAGGGGCGACACCCCGCGCGGUGGCCCCCGUACAAUCCGCUCAUUCGCAGACUUCUACCUCGACGUCGGGCUCUUUCACCUCACUCAAGAUACGACUGCCCGCUCGCCUUUCCACGCAUAAACCCGGCCCUGCUCCGGCUGCUGUCCCUGCUCCUGUCCUUUCUCCAUCUGCCACGAUCAUGGCUCAAACACGCCUGCGGCGCUCCCUGCGUAGGGAGCGCCGACAAAACUCCGCGCCUACGUCCUCAUCGACCACCACAUCACACUUGGACGACUUGGAUAAGCCGACGAGCCCCACGCUCUAA